CUAAUAUACCUCGCUCGCGUGCCGCCUGUGUUUACGCUCGAUUUAUGAUAUAACGGGAAAAAAAUGGAAGAUAUAUUUCAGUGGUGUCGCGAGGGCAAUGCCAUGCAAGUCCGUGUUUGGCUAGAUGACACCGAGCAUGACAUGAACCAAGGCGAUGAUCAUGGCUUCAGUCCACUCCAUUGGUGUUGUAAAGAAGGCCAUUUAAAAUUGGCAGAGUUGCUUGUUAGUAGAGGGGCACGUAUUAAUGCUACCAACAGAGGUGACGAUACACCUUUGCAUCUUGCUUCAGCACAUGGACACAAAGAGAUAGUACAGUUGUUACUUCGAAACCGUGCUGAUGUAAAUGUUACAAAUGAGCAUGGAAAUACUGCCUUGCACUAUGCCUGUUUCUGGGGAGACCAGGCAGUUGCAGAAGAACUGGUUGCUGCCGGUGCUCUUGUAUCCAUUGCUAACAAGGACGGAGAUACUCCCCUUGAUAAAGCCAGAGGUGUCGUGGCCAAAAGACUGCAUGACUUAGCAGUGGAGUAUGGACAAGACCUGAAGAAGAUUCAGUUCAAAGAUCAGAGUUGGCUAGGUUUGAAGACCAGAAGUAGAGACGCGACUUUAUCGAGGCACAAAGGGAUCAGUAUGGCAGAUCUAUCUCUUCAUACGCAUCUCGCAAGCACACCGAGCGGCGAAACUUGGAGAGGACGAUGGCAGAACAACGAUAUCGUCGCCAAGAUCUUGAACGUUCGUGAGUGCACCGCACGUAUUUCCCGGGACUUCAAUGAGGAAUUCCCGAAGCUGAGGAUCUUCUCGCAUCCUAAUGUUCUGCCGGUUCUCGGUUGCGUUAAUCAACCACCACAACUAGCAACCGUUUCCCAGUACAUGGCGCGGGGUAGCUUGCAUCGACUUCUGCAUGGUGGAACCGGCGUUGUGGUAGACACGGCUCGCGCCCUUCGGCUAGCCCUCGAUGUUGCCAGAGCUAUGGCGUUUCUUCAUGGUUUGGAUCGCCAAAACAGGUGCAGAUUUCACCUGAACAGUAAACAUAUAAUGAUCGACGAGGAUCUGACGGCUCGCGUGAAUAUGGCCGACGCGAAGUUCUCUUUUCAAGAAGUCGGACGAAUUUAUGAGCCAGCGUGGAUGUCGCCGGAAGCGUUGAGCAAACGUCCAGCGGACAUCAAUCUCGAGGCUAGCGAUAUGUGGAGCUUUGCUGUUCUCCUGUGGGAAUUGGCGACUAGAGAGGUGCCAUUUGCGGAUCUGUCGCCUAUGGAAUGUGGAAUGAAGAUUGCACUGGAAGAUUUACGUGUAAGCAUUCCGCCAGGAAUCUCUCCGCAUCUCGCGAAGCUCAUCCGGAUCUGCAUGAACGAAGAUCCGGGCAAACGACCGUCCUUCGACAUGGUCGUGCCGAUUCUCGAUAAGAUGAAGCGUUGAAGCGUACACGACUGGUGGCACGAAAAAUGAUAGGAAGAAUAAUGAAAUAACCGAAGGAGUUCAAACGAAGCAUCUUAACGAAUCUCUAUGUUAAACUGCCUCGAAAAAUUGUUAACAAUGAAUGAUAUUUUUAUUAUUGUCGUAUUCUAUAAAUACGAAAAUACUGCCUUUAAGAGCCUUAUAUGAAGAAGGAUAGAUAUAGAUUAAUUUUUUGCUACUUAUGUACACGUACAUAUAUAUGUAACAAAUUUAUAUUCUGUGGGAGCAUGCCUAUAUCCAUAUACACACACAUUGAGUUUAAAUAUAUAGCACAAACGCUAUUUUUACAUAUUUCGCCAGCAUUUAUAAUGUUAUAAAAAAAUAAGAUGGUACUACUGUUUACAUUAAGCAGCAUAUUUUUUAUAAAAUUUUUGACAACUUACUAUGCUUACAUUGAUAUAGAUAUAUUGUGAAUAUUAUAUUAAUAUUAUAUUAAUUAGAGAAUGAGAAGAAUUAAUAAAAUUGAAUAGUUUGAUGCUGUUAAA